UUUUUUUUUUUUUUUUUUGGCUGAGCUGAUACCCUCAAAGCUGGCCGAGGAGGAGGAGGGAGGAGGCGGUAACAGCCACAACUCGGAAUUUGCAAGCGAGUGUCGGGAUGGGGUCUGUUUCCAACCAGCAGUUUGCAGGUGCAAAGCCGGGCGAGGAACCGGCCGGAGACUCUCCCAAGGCGGAGAACGAGCCGUUGCACGGCUCCGGCAUCUGUAAGUGGUUCAAUGUCCGCAUGGGCUUCGGCUUCCUCUCCAUGACCGCCAAGGGCGGCGCGACCCUCGACUCGCCCGUCGAUGUCUUCGUACACCAGAGCAAGCUCCACAUGGAGGGUUUCCGCAGCCUGAAGGAGGGCGAAGCUGUUGAGUUCACCUUCAAGAAGUCAUCCAAAGGUUUGGAGUCCAUCCGGGUGACCGGCCCGGGAGGUGUCUUCUGCAUCGGCAGUGAGAGGAGACCCAAAGGCAAGAGCCUCCAGAAACGCAGAUCUAAAGGAGACCGAUGCUACAACUGCGGCGGGCUGGACCAUCAUGCCAAAGAGUGCAAGCUCCCGCCGCAGCCCAAGAAAUGCCACUUCUGCCAGAGCAUCAGCCACAUGGUCGCCAACUGCCCUGCGAAAGCACAGCAGUCCCCCAGCUCCCAGGGAAAACCUGCCUACUUCCGAGAGGAGGAGGAUAUGCACAGCUCGGCCCUCCUCCCCGAAACCCGGGAAUGAUGGCGGGUGGCGGGGAGGGGCUUCCACCGGGAUGAAAAGGCUUUGGCAAGGCAACGGG